AUGGAAAAAAUAGUUGAUGAAGAGAGAUAUUUCAAGGUAGUUGAGAAUGAUGAACCGCUAAGUGAUCUGAUGCUUACCAUGAAGGUUCCUCCCCCAUUCCUUCAAUGGCUAAAAAAGAAGGAGUACAAUGACAAAUUCAAUAUAUUCCUUGCGAAGCUUAGCAAUCUAUCAAUUAAUAUCCCAUUGCUAGAGGUCAUUCAAGAGAUCCCGGGAUAUGCUAAGCUUAUGAACCAGUUGAUGUCAAAAAAAUGUCUUGUUUAUGGUGAAACCAUAGAAAUUACCCAUGGGUGUAGCGCUAUUAUGGCUAGCACUGUAACGAAAAAUAAAGAGGAUCCCGAGGCCUUUACAAUCCCUUGCACCAUAGGAACACACAAGUUUGAGAAAACCUUAUGUGACCUUGGUGGAAACAUCAAUAUUAUGCCCUAUACAAUCUAUUGGAGACUUGGGUUGGACACUCCUACUCCAAUAACAAUGAGGCUAUUAAUGGCGGACCGGUAUAUCAAGAGACCGAUUGGAGUUUUUUUUUAUGUUUUGGUGAAGGUGAAUCGCUUCAUUAUUCUGGCGGAUUUCAUUAUGAUUGAUUGUGAAAUCGACCAAGAGAUAUCUAUUAUUCUUGGUCGGCCUUUCCUUACAACUGGAAGGGCAAUUAUUGAUAUGGAGUUAGGAGAAAUAAAAUUUUGGGUCCAAGAUGAUGAAGUGUCCUUUUAA